CGGAGGCACACAUUCACUGGUGUUAAAAAGUUCUCGCCUUUAAACGCGACGCAAGGGGUUCAAGCGAUGAGAUCCCUAAAUUUAUUGCUUCUAGGCGCCAGCUGCGCGCUUAUCGUAAGCCUCACAUUUGCCCACCCGCCCGAGGGUGUGUGGAAGAAGAAACUCACUUGGAAGGAAGACUGGGUGCAGGUGUGGAAGACGGUGAAGAAGGAGGCCUGGGAAACGAAAUGGAAGAAAAUACAGGUGCCCAUUUGGAAAGAGGUACAAGUGCCCAUUUGGAAGGAGGUGCAAGUGCCCGAUUGGAAGAUUGUCAAGAAGCCGCACGUUGAGGAGCGUGAAGUGCCCGCCUGGAAGGAAGAAAAAGUGCCCGAAUGGAAGAAGAUAACAAAACCGGUGUGGAAAGAGAUACAAGUGCCGGUAUGGCGUGAAAUUCAAGUGCCCGUAUGGAAAGAAAUCCAGGUGCCAGUAUGGCGUGAAGUGAAAGUACCCGUGUGGAAGGAGAUACAAGUACCGAUCUGGCGUGACAUACAAGUGCCAGUGUGGCGUGAAGUGCAAGUACCCGAAUGGAAGCAGAUGUUCGUGCCGGAGUGGGUGAAAAUGGGUAUACCUGGUGAGAAGUAUCUGGGCAAAGAUCACGAAGGUUGGGAAUACACCAGUCACGAUUUAUGGCGUAAGAAGCUCAUCUGGAAGCCAGUAUGGAAGAAAGUGUGGCGCACUGAAAAGAAACAAGAAUGGAAAACCGAAAAGAAGCAGGAAUGGAAGACCGAGAAGGUGCAAGAGUGGAAGAUCGAAAAGAAGCAAGAAUGGGAAACGAAGAAAGUGCAAGAAUGGAAGACCGAGAAACAGCAAGCAUGGAAACCGGAUAAGAAGCUGGAAUGGAAAAUCGAAUGGGUGCAAAUUUGGAAACCAGUAAAGAAACAAAUCUGGGUGAAGGAGAAGCGUGAAACCUGGGUAGAGGAAAAGGUGCAAAUCUGGCGCACAGAAAAGAAGCAAGCGUGGGCAACCGAGAAGAAGCAGGCGUGGAAAGAUGAAUGGAAAUCCAUACAGGUGCCCGUAUGGAAGGAGGUGAAAGUACAGGAAUGGAAGCGUGUGUGGAAGCCAGUGUGGGAGAAAGUGUGGGUACCAGCCAGUCAUGGAUGGGAUUGAGCGCGUUACUGCGAUACCUAAACCCUCGAAUUGUUCAUAAGCAAAGGCGAAAUGCAUGAAAGCACACACACACAUACA